AUGGCAUCUACACUGAAACAAGCAGUUUCAGAGCUCUCUAUACCAGUGCCGUGGGGAGAGAUCAGGGGUAAAGUCUGGGGUCCUGAUUACGGUCGGCCUGUGCUGUGCCUGCACGGCUGGGCUGACAACUGUGGUACAUUCAACACCCUCAUUCCCCUUCUACCCAAAGAGUGCAGAUAUGUGGCCAUUGCAGGUCACGGUUUGUCCUCCCACCGUCCUGCCGGAGUUUUCUAUUCAUUUCCUGCAUACGUGGCGGAUGUACGCAGAUUCGUUGACGAUCUCCAGUGGACAAAAUUCUCCAUCAUAGGCCACAGUAUGGGAGGUAACAUCGCUGCAACGUUCAGCGCACUGUAUCCUGAUAUGGUGGACGCCGUCGUCCUGCUGGACACUUCUGGAUUUUUCCUUAUAGAUGUGACAGAAAUGUCCAAACUGAUGAGGCAGGGGAUGGAUGAGAUGCUUCAGUUUGAAAAAAAGACAGAAGAGAAGAAAAGAGUUUACACAUAUGAGAAGGCAAUUGAGAGGAUGUUAGCUGCAAACCCGACUCUGUCCAAACAGUCUGUGUGCAUCCUUUUAGAGCGCGGCCUAGUUCAAGUUGAAGGAUGUUUUGUGUUCUCCAGAGACCUGCGUGUUCAUUUUAAAAACAUGGCGCACAUCAGUUUGGAGCAGAGUCUGGAGAUGCAGUCGAGGAUUCAAGCAGCUGUUCUUGUAGUUCUAGCAAACAAAGGCUUCUCUUUGCCAGGAUCAAACAGACAGAAACGCACCUUUGCACUUCUCCAAAGCUAUUGUGACAGAAACGGUUUGGUGGUGAUGGUAUCAGGCGACCAUCACGUCCAUCUCAAUAAUCCUGAAGUCGUCGCUCCGUUUGUUUCUGACUUCCUGCGGGCCAAAGUGCUCGCACAGCUGCCAGCAUUGUGGACACACACACACAAGUUAUAA